UGAGAGUAGUGGAAAGCCUGUGAAUCCAAGCACAUCAGCGGCUACAGCUAUGGCUGAGCGCCGCGCAUUCGCCCAAAAAAUCAGCAGAACUGUAGCAGCCGAGGUGAGAAAACAGAUCGCUGGUCAGUAUGGGGGCUCCCCACAGCUCCUCAAGAACCUCAACGUGGGUGCCGCCGCCAGCAACACCGUUCCUCUCACAGAGGCAGUGGAGCCGGUGGACUUUGAGGAGUACCUCAUCACCCAUCCCCCCAUCAUCGAGUCGGGCCCCCUGAGGGACCUCAUCGAUUUCCCCCCGGAUGACAUCGAAGUGGUAUACACCCCCAGAGAGUGUCGUACCGUGGGACAGGCCGUGCCUGAGGAAGGGGACAAUGACGCCCACGUCAGAGACUGUGUCAGGUCCUACACUGAGGACUGGGCCAUCGUCAACAGAAAAUACCAUAAGCUUGGUACUGGGUUUAACCCUAACACCCUGGACAAGCAGAAGGAGAGGCAGAAAGGCCUGCCCAAACAGGUGUUUGAGGCCGAUGAGAUGCCAGACGUUAGCACUUACCAGGACGACCAGGAUGAUCUGAAGCGUAGGUCCAUGUCCAUAGAUGACACCCCGCGGGGCAGUUGGGCCUGUAGUAUCUUUGACCUGAAGAACUCUGUCCCCGACGCCGUCCUGCCCCACCUGCUUGACCGAGCCCCCAAUGAGGAGAUAGACCGCCACAACGAGGAGCACCGCAAGUCCCACCGCCACCGUGAGCUCUUCGCCCUGCACCCCGCCCUCGAUGAGGAAGAACCCAUAGAGCGCCACUGUGUGCCUGACGUCCCUAAGGAACAUUUUGGCCAGAGGCUACUCGUCAAGUGCUUGUCCUUGAAGUUUGAGAUUGAAAUUGAGCCCAUAUUCGCCUGUUUGGCCUUAUAUGAUGUCAAGGAAAAGAGAAAGGUAAGCUGUUGUAACAAAGAGAAGUUGGACAAGUUGCGGAGCCAGUCGGAGCAGUUCUGUACACGUCUGGGUCGGUACCGGAUGCCCUUCGCCUGGACAGCCAUCCACCUGAUGAACAUCGUGAACAGCGCCGGCAGUCUGGAGAGAGACACUGAGCUGGAGAUGGGACCUCCAGAGAGGAAAGGGUCGUGGUCUGAGAGGAGGAACUCGAGCAUCGGCGGACGGCGCUCAUUAGAGAGAACCACCAGUGGAGAUGAAUCAUGUAGCCUGACCAGCUUCAGACCUGCAACCCUCACCGUCACCAAUUUCUUCAAACAGGAGGGAGACAGACUGAGUGAUGAGGACCUGUAUAAGUUCCUGGCUGACAUGAGGAGGCCGUCUUCAGUGCUGAGGAGACUGAGGCCAAUCACAGCCCAGCUGAAGAUCGACAUAUCCCCGGCCCCAGAGAACCCCCACUACUGCUUGACCCCUGACCUCCWGCAGGUCAAGCCCUACCCAGACAGCAGGGUUCGCCCCACCAGAGAGAUACUGGAGUUCCCCCCCAGGGAUGUCUACGUACCCAACACUACCUACAGGAACCUACUGUAUGUGAACCCACACAGCCUGAACUUCGCCAACCGGCAAGGCUCCGCCCGGAAUAUCACGGUGAAAGUACAGUUUAUGAACGGGGAGGACCCCAACAACGCUAUGCCGGUAAGCAGUGAUUUUGGGAAGUCCAGCUGUGGAGACUACACCAGAGAGGCAUACACUGCCGUGGUGUAUCAUACCAGGUCCCCGGACUUCCAUGAUGAGGUGAAGAUCAAGCUGCCGGCCUCUCUGACUGACCACCACCGUCUGUUCACCUUCUACCAUGUCAGCUGCCAGCAGAAACAGAACACCCCCCUGGAAACCCCUGUGGGAUACACGUGGAUCCCCAUGCUUCAGAAUGGACGUCUGCGUACAGGAAGCUUCUGUCUGCCGGUGUCUCUAGAGAAACCUCCCCAGUCCUACUCUGUUCUCUCCCCUGACGUUCCUCUACCAGGGAUGAAAUGGGUGGAUAACCACAGAGGGGUGUUCAACGUUGAAGUGACAUCCGUUUCCACCGUCCACACACAGGACCAGUACCUGGAUAAGUUCUUUGCGUUGGUGCAUGCCCUGGACGAGCACAUGUUCCCUGUGCGGAUCGGAGACGUGCGCAUCAUGGAGAAUAACCUGGAGGCGGAGCUAAAGUCCAGCAUCGCAGCACUAAACUCCUCCCAGCUGGAGCCCAUCGUCCGAUUCCUCCACCUCCUAUUGGACAAGCUGGUGGUGCUGGUGGUGCGGCCGCCCGUCAUCGCAGGACAGAUAGUGAAUCUGGGCCAGGCCUCGUUCGAGGUGAUGGCCUCCAUAGUGAAUCGGCUCCACAAGUACCUAGACACCAGUCAGGACAUGCACGGCAGAAACAGUCUGCUCUCCUCUUAUAUAUACUACGUCUUCAGACUGCCCAACAUGGACCCCAACUUCCCCUCACCAGGUCCUGGAGGGCUGGGUGGUUCAGUCCACUAUGCCACCAUGGCCCGGUCAGCCCAGCGACCAGCUAGCCUAAACCUCAACCGCUCCCGUAGCCUUAGCAACAGUAACCCGGACAUCUCCGGAACACCCACGUCCCCUGACGACGAGGUCCGCUCCAUCAUCGGCAGUAAGGGUCUAGACCGCUCCAACUCCUGGGUGCACACCAUGGGGUGUAAGAGCACCCCCUGGGGAUCCAGCCCUGUCUCUGACACUGACACCAUGCAGGCCAUGGAGCGCUGUGGCAACCGCAUGUCUUCGCACACUGAGAGCACCAGUUUCUUGCAAACUUUAACAGGACGGUUACCCACCAAAAAGUUGUUCCAUGAGGAACUGGCUCUACAGUGGGUGGUGAGCAGUGGCAGCGUCAGGGAGGGAGCUCUCCAACAGGCCUGGUUCUUCUUCGAGCUCAUGGUGAAGAGCAUCAUCCAUCACCUGUACUUCACCGAUCGGCUGGAGUCGCCCAGGAAGAACCGUUUCCCCGAGCGCUUCAUGGAUGACAUCACAGCCCUGGUCAGCACCAUUGCUGGGGACAUUGUCUCACGCUUUCAGAAGGACCUGGAGCUGGUGGAGCGUCUUAACACCAGCCUGGCCUUCUUCCUGAAUGACCUGCUGUCUGUCAUGGACCGAGGCUUUGUCUUCUCCCUCAUAAAGACCUACUGGAAACAGGUGUCCACUAAGCUGUACAUGCUGCAGAACCCCACUCUGGAGUCUCUGAGACUGGACUUACUGAGGAUCGUCUGCAGCCACGAGCACUAUGUCACCCUUAACCUGCCCUGCAGCCUGCUCACGCCCCCCGCCUCGCCAUCUCCCAGCGUGUCCUCCGCAACCUCGCAGAGCUCAGGCUUCUCCACCCAUGCGCAGGACCAGAAGAUAGCCAACAUGUUUGAGCUGUCUGUCCCCUUCAGAGAGCAGCACUACCUGGCUGGACUGGUGCUGUCUGAGCUGGCUGUCAUCCUGGACCCAGAGGCCGAAGGGAUGUUUGGCUUACAUAAGAAGGUGGUCAGUGUGGUACAUAACCUGCUGUCCAGCCAUGACUCCGACCCCCGCUACGCUGACCCCGAGGUCAAGGCCCGCGUCGCCAUGCUCUACCUGCCGCUCAUCGGCAUCGUCAUGGAAACACUUCCCCAGCUUCACGACUUCACAGAGUCCCAUAACCAGUGGGGUCGUCCCGGCGGGGCUCAGGGGGGUGGGGCCGGGGGGGACGAGUCUGGAGAGGACGGCAACAGCAUGAUCAGUCAGACCGUUGCCAUGGCAAUAGCAGGGACAUCCGCUCCGAUAUCUCGUCCCAGCAGCUUCCUGCUCAACCCACAGGCCAGUCGUCAGCAUGGCACCUUCUCAGCAGAGUCCAGCCGCAGCCUGUUGAUCUGUCUGUUGUGGGUUCUGAAGAAUGCUGAUGAGUGUGUCCUACAGAAGUGGUUCUCUGACCUGUCUGUCUCCCAGCUCAAUCGUCUGCUGGACAUGCUCUACCUAUGUGUCUCCUGCUUCGAGUACAAGGGGAAGAAGGCCUUUGAGCGCAUGAACAGCCUGACCUUCAAGAAGUCCAAGGACAUGAAGGUCAAGCUGGAGGAGGCUAUACUGGGGAGCAUCGGGGCACGCCAGGAGAUGGUCCGUCGCAGCAGGGGACAGCUAGAGAGGAGUCCAUCAGGCAGUGCCUUCGGCAGCCAGGAGAACCUGCGCUGGAGGAAAGACAUGACACACUGGCGCCAGAACAGCGAGAGGAUGGACAAAACCAGAGCGGAGCUGGAGCACGAAGCACUUAUUGAUGGUAACCUGGCAACCGAGGCAAACCUGAUCAUUCUGGACACUUUGGAGAUCAUCGUUCAGACGGUGUCUGUGACAGAGUCUAAGGAGAGUAUCCUGGGUGGAGUGUUGAAGGUGCUCCUCCACAGCAUGGCCUGUAACCAGAGUGCCCUCUACCUGCAGCACUGCUUUGCUACACAGAGGGCUCUCGUCUCAAAGUUCCCCGAACUGCUGUUUGAAGAGGAAACAGAGCAGUGUGCUGACCUGUGUCUGCGUCUGCUGAGGAACUGUAGCAGCAGUAUCGGCACCAUCCGAGCCCACGCCUCCGCUUCACUCUACCUGCUCAUGAGGCAGAACUUUGAGAUCGGCAACAAUUUUGCACGUGUCAAGAUGCAGGUGACCAUGUCCCUGUCCUCCCUGGUGGGAACGUCUCAGAACUUCAACGAGGAGUUCCUCCGACGUUCCCUGAAGACCAUCCUGACCUACGGAGAGGAAGAUCUGGAACUCAGGGAGACCACCUUCCCUGAUCAGGUUCAGGACCUGGUGUUCAACCUCCACAUGAUCCUGUCUGAUACAGUCAAGAUGAAGGAGCACCAGGAGGACCCAGAGAUGCUCAUAGACCUCAUGUACAGGAUCGCUAAGGGUUACCAGACGUCUCCAGACCUGCGUCUGACGUGGCUGCAGAACAUGGCGGGUAAACACUCUGAGAGGACCAAUCACGCAGAGGCAGCCCAGUGUUUGGUGCACAGCGCCGCCCUGGUGGCAGAAUACCUCAGCAUGCUGGAGGACCGCAAGUACCUGCCGGUCGGCUGUGUCACCUUCCAGAACAUCUCUUCCAACGUGCUUGAGGAGUCAGCAGUGUCUGAUGACGUGGUGUCUCCUGAUGAAGAGGGUAUCUGCUCUGGGAAAUACUUCACUGAGGCUGGCCUGGUGGGACUGCUGGACCAGGCUGCUUCCUCCUUCUCCAUGGCUGGUAUGUACGAGGCGGUGAAUGAGGUGUACAAGGUACUGAUCCCCAUUCACGAGGCCAGCCGGGAUGCCAAGAAGCUGGCCACCAUACAUGGUAAACUACAGGAAGCCUUUGGCAAAAUCGUACACCAGAGCACUGGCUGGGAGAGAAUGUUUGGUACGUACUUCAGAGUCGGAUUGUACGGGUCUAAAUUCGGGGACUUGGACGAGCAGGAGUUUGUAUACAAAGAGCCUGCCAUCACCAAGCUGGCUGAGAUCUCUCACCGACUCGAGGGGUUUUAUGGCGAGCGCUAUGGAGAAGACCAGGUGGAAGUCAUUAAGGACUCCAAUCCUGUGGACAAGUGCAAACAGGACCCGAAUAAGGCUUAUGUCCAGAUCACGUAUGUGGAGCCGUACUUCGACACAUACGAGAUGAAGGACCGCAUCACGUACUUUGACAAGAACUACAACCUGCGGCGGUUUGUCUACUGCACGCCGUUCACACUGGACGGGCGGGCGCAUGGGGAUCUGCACGAUCAGUUCAAACGCAAAACCAUCCUGACCACAUCCCACGCCUUUCCCUACAUCAAGACCCGCAUCAACAUCAUCCACAAAGAGGAGAUCAUCUCUAUGCCCAUCGAGGUGGCCAUAGAGGAUAUGCAGAAGAAGACCGGAGAGCUGGCCUUCGCWACCCACCAGGACCCAUCUGAUGCCAAGAUGCUGCAGAUGGUGCUGCAGGGGUCAGUGGGGACUACCGUCAACCAGGGACCUCUGGAGGUGGCCCAGGUGUUCCUGUCAGAGAUCCCCAGUGAUCCUAAACUCUACAGACACCACAACAAACUACGCCUCUGCUUCAAAGACUUCACCAAGAGGUGUGAAGAUGCCCUGCGUAAAAAUAAGAGUCUGAUUGGUCCAGACCAGAAGGAGUACCAGAGGGAGUUGGAGAGGAACUACCAUCGCCUGAAGGAGGCGCUACAACCACUCAUCUGCAGAAAGAUACCCCAGCUUUAUAAACCUGUGCUGCAGGUCAACUCUCACAGAGAUUCCUUCAGCAGAAUGAGUCUUCGCAAGCUUGAACUUUGAAGAUGAAGAGAAAUCGAAGGAUCACAACCUUAAUUUAUUAAUGUGUAAAUACUGAGCGUCAGUGUCUUGAGAAGUCAGUGUUCCCCAUAGAAGGAAAGCUAAAGUGUUACUACGAAGUCGGUACAUCAUUCCAGUGUCUUAUUCGUUUACAGGCAGCCUGUUACGCAAUCAGUGGGUUUAACAAAGUGGAACUUACUAUGUACGAUGUGUCAAAUCUGUAUACAUAUUUCAUGUGUGCACCUUUUUUUUCAUUGCAUUUUCUGACUUGAAAGUUUAUUAUUUAAUCCAAAAUGAGAAAAAAACAAGCAAAAUGUGUGUUACCACUCUUUAUCAUAAUGCUUUAUUUUUAGUUAAGAUACUUUUGUUUAAAGUUAAGGAAAUGUUUUAAACAUCAUGAGUCAUUUUAUGUKGUUUUUGUUUACUUUAAGUAUUUUACUAAAUCAAUAUUUUAAUGUCCAAUGGAUGCAUUGGUAUUUUCUUUGUGAUGGGAGGUUAACGGAAUAUGGGUUUCCCAGUCAGGGUAUGAUUUCCAUGGUUACCUAUAAAKAAAUUGAUUAAUUCAA